GACCCGACCAUUUCCGAACGUAGGCGAAGAUGGACGAACGAUGUGGAUUAUUUGGUGUUGUCUACUGAAUAGGAUUUGUGUAGUAAGAAUGAUGUGAAAUGCUAGUGUAAUUGCAGGGUAAUACAUAUAUUACCCAACCCGAAAUAAUACAUUUUUUUAACUAUGUACUUCUUUAAACAGUGGUGAUUUGUGUGUGUUGUCUAAGCAUUAUCGCUGUGGACUAUUCCAUAGAACGACCGUGUCUUCUUUCAAGAUGGCAGUAAUCUGAGCGACCUCGUCUUUGUUCCGGACAGUAUGAAAGUUGUGUUUUCACGGGCGAAAACGGAGCGAAUAAGGGAAAGGUGUUGUGGGUCAUGUUUACACAAACGACCAGCCAAUGCGCCGGUAGCGGGAGUAUUCAAGUCGCUCACAAGAAACGUAAACUGGAACAUGUGUCCGAAACUUAUGGGCCGGGCGACUACGCUGGAUCGUUGAGACCUCGUGCUAGUAAUGUGCAGUGUAAGAGCCCUACAGCGGUGCCUCAGAACUUCAUUCGUGCAUCCACUAUCAAGCUCCUAGACACGUAUCAGAGGUGUGGCCAAAAACGCAAGUCGUGUGAGGGGAAUGAGCCAGAGGGAGGGGGCACACACAGCAAGACGACGGCUCACAGUAAGGGUGGGGGGGCGCCCCCCUCCUCCCACCCCCAGGCCUCGGACGGAGACUACCAGCUGGUCCAACACGAGGUGCUCUACUCCAUGACUACACAGUAUGAGGUCCUCGAGUUCCUGGGUAGAGGCACAUUCGGUCAAGUAGUAAAGUGCUGGAAAAAAGGCACAAAUGAAAUUGUUGCCAUCAAAAUAUUGAAAAAUCAUCCUUCGUAUGCUCGUCAGGGACAGAUUGAAGUAAGCAUAUUAUCUCGACUAAGCCAGGAAAAUGCAGACGAGUUCAACUUUGUGCGAGCGUACGAGUGUUUCCAACACAAGAACCACACAUGUCUGGUGUUUGAGAUGCUGGAACAGAACUUGUAUGACUUUCUCAAGCAGAACAAGUUCAGUCCCUUGCCUCUCAAGUACAUCAGACCGAUCCUACAGCAGGUGCUCACGGCCCUUCUCAAACUCAAGCAACUGGGCCUGAUCCACGCAGACUUGAAGCCAGAGAACAUCAUGUUGGUGGACCCUGUGAGACAGCCGUACAGAGUCAAGGUGAUUGACUUUGGCAGUGCGUCUCACGUCAGCAAGGCAGUGUGCAACACCUACCUGCAGAGCAGAUACUACCGGGCCCCAGAGAUCAUUCUUGGUCUCCCGUUCUGUGAAGCAAUUGAUAUGUGGUCGCUGGGCUGUGUGGUUGCUGAGCUGUUCCUGGGAUGGCCUCUGUACCCAGGCAGCUCAGAGUACGACCAGAUCAGAUACAUCAGCCAGACCCAAGGGCUGCCUACAGAGCACAUGCUCAACAACGCCAGCAAGACAACCAAGUUCUUCUAUCGUGACAUGGACAGCACAUACCCUUUCUGGAGACUCAAGACACCAGAAGAACAUGAGGCAGAAACAGGCAUCAAGUCCAAGGAGGCUCGCAAAUACAUCUUCAACUGUUUGGACGACAUUGGACAAGUGAACGUUCCGACAGACAUAGAGGGGGGAGAGUUGCUAGCAGAGAAGGCAGAUCGCAGGGAGUUCAUUGACCUGCUGAAACGCAUGCUCACCAUGGACCAGGUGGAGCGCCGCAUCACGCCUGGUGAGGCACUCAAUCACGCGUUUGUGACGUUGGCACACCUGGUGGACUACGCUCACUGUAACAACGUGAAGGCGAGUGUGCAGAUGAUGGAAGUGUGCCGACGCCACAACGCACCCCCAGCCCCACCCCUAGUGGCUACCCUCACAUUCAACAACCAGGUACCUCGCCUCCGGGUCUCCACUCACCAACACCACUCUACCACCAUUGACAAUUUGUAUCAGUUGUACAACAGUCGCGGGGUGGCCAGGCAGUACAGUGGCACUAGAGCUGAUCCCUUCGCUCAGCAUCAGCUGGUGUCAUCAAUACUGUGCCCUCCAGGAUAUCAGAGUAUGGGCUCUCCUGCCAAACAUGUGACUGUGGUCAGUCAGCAACCCCCGCCUCAGCUGCAGAUACAACCACCCAUUAUAUCUCAGCAGGUGCCACAGCAGUAUGUGCCGGUAUCCAUGGUGGAGAGUGGACGUCAGAUGUUGCCAGUGCAGACCUCGUGGCCGACCAACAGACAAAUGACCAUCGUACCUUCCUGGCCGCAACACACAACCAUUCAACAACUAGACACAGACUGGGGCAGACCUCUGCUGGUCGACUCCUCACAACUCAUACAGGUAAGACCAGCUGUGUUCGCGACAGAGGUGUACGAUGGACUGGUAGAGUCCCCAGGCUACAAGUCUCACCUACACACCACACACCUGGCAGUGCCUCGCAGUCACGACAAGAAGGAGACCACACAGCUCAGUCCGGUCAAGAAGAGGGUCAAAGAGGGAACUCCACCUACAGCAUCAUGCAGUGCUAGGAAUAGAGACAGACACAGUCCCACGUGGCAGCAGAGCUCUUCAACACAUCACACGCAAACGCAGCAUUGUAACACUCGCAACCAGACCAUCACAAUCAGAGACACUCCGUCACCUGCCGUGUCUGUCAUCACCAUCUCCGACAGUGAGGACGAAACUCCCACCAAGCCCAAUAUUGCUGCUCUCAACACAACUACCAGCAGCACCAGUAAUAUUGUAGCAGCAGCAACAACAGCAGUAGAUCCGUCUGUAGCAGCUACCAGCAGCCGACACAAGGGACCCAUCUAUUGUGUCACUGUAGGCGACAGUGAUGAGGAGCACAGGAGUCCUACUCAGCCUGCUGUAUACAGCAGCAGACCUGUGUCUCCAGGAACUAAGAGUGCUGUAGUGUAUUGUCCUCCCAGUCCUGUCACCAAACACUCAUCCACUCAGGCCCAAACUCAGGCCUCCUCGUCACACGCCACACAGCUCAAACACGAGAUCAAGCAUGAGCCCCACCAACACAGCUCAAGCUAUUCACAAUCACAGAAGAAGAGAUUGUUGGCCAAAGUACAGCAGGAAUGUAACACAGUGACAAAGCAGGAGCCUGGUAGUGAAUUGUAUCAGUCUGUGUGUCAGGGAGCUGGCUGCAAGGAGCCUUAUCACUAUGAUCAGCACAUUGUGUACAGCAGUGGAGAGAAGGCGUACACAAUGGCAGCCCCCAGUCACAAGCGCGGGGGAGGAGAGGUGGUGGUUAGGGCAGGGUAUCACCUGGUACAGCCCCCCACUGCUCAUUCUAGCAGGGACCAUGUCAUCACUACAGCCAAGGCCUGGUCCUCUCAAGCCAUCCCCGUACACCAGGGAUACAGCACUCACCUGUCCCCUCAGCCCCUGAGUGGCAGUCGUUUGUCUCCUCUAGCAGGACAGCCACUGUAUCACCAGAGUGAGUUGUACCGUAGACAAGCAGCAGCAGUGUACGUCACUUCUACUCAGCCCACCUACCUGCCUCCCACACACCAGGUGCCUGCCUUCACUACUGGGAGAGCUCUGCCUCCGCCAGCACACCACGCCAGCGCCCGCCCACUGCUAGCCACCCACUCACAUCCAUUACCUGCCCACAUGCAGCCUGCAGCCAUGUUCCCUGCCCACCCUCAGGUCGCCAGCUUCGGCUACAUCAGCCCUGCCAAGAGUCACCAGUACCAUCAGACUCCUCUGUGGUUCACAGAGUAGACCAAUUGAACUGCGAUGCAGAUGAACAAUUAUUUUGGACUGGAUGAGAUUUGUUGCAAUCUUUAUCUUAAUGUUGGACAUUGAUGAUAUGUAAUUUAUCUUAUGUUUUUAUUAAUCGUUUUAAUUGAGGAAUAACAUUGUGAUUACGUAACGACUGGGGCGUUAGUUGACUCUGUGGCUAUAUUUUUUUAACGUAGCUUAGGCGUAUAGUGGUGGCUGUUUGGUUACCUGUACAUAUUGUUCAUGUGCCUAUGUAGUCCUUGCCCCGAACCAUGGCCAGCUUCCGGUCAGAAGCCUAAAUUGUGACCAUUUCAGUGUUAGUGACCAUUACUAGCAUUGUUUUUGUGGAGGAGGUGAAAAUGAUAAUAUUGUAUAGUUUGUUCAGUGAUCACAAAUUUUGAUUUAUAUUUUUAACAUUUUUUUAAAAACAAAGUCAAACUGUUGCAUAAAAUGUAUCUAUUUCAAGUUCAAAACUUGUUGAGGAAUGCUGGAUCAUUAUUGUUUGUUUUGUUAACUAAACUGGAUUUAGUUGGUUCAGAUCACUAUGUAUUUAUUGUUUGUUUUAUUGGUAGAUUUUACCAACUUGUAAUAGAGUUUAUUACUUGGUAGGUUAUAACUUGAGGUUGUAACCAAAAGAAGAAUUAUUUACACAAAAUUUUAUUUUUAUCUCCAAUAAUAUUUUUUUAACUUUUUUGAAGAAAUGUGCAUGUAAAUCUGUUUAGAUAAAUUCUCGUUUUUAUAUUAUAUGUUUUAUUAUGUUGUAGUUGCUAAAAGAAUGGAAUGUUUGAUUGAAAUGGAAAAAUCACUCUAACAAGCUGUAAAGAUGUGUCGUAACUUCUCUAUGUUAAUAACUAUUGCUAAGAAGUAAUACUUAUUUCUUGUGUUGACAUAAUAUUUCUCAUGUUUAUCUUUGAAGAAAAAUGUAGUAAAAUAUUCUUUUUAAGUUUCAUGAAACUUUCACACUCUAAGCUAAAUCAUUAGAAUUACAAACAUAAAUAGCACUCAGGGAUUUUGUAUGUAGUUUUAGACUGCAAGAAUUAUUGUAGAUAUCUCAAUAAUGAAACUAUUCUUGUGCUUGAAGUGUAAUAACUGGCAAUUUACAAUCCUAGACCAUGCAGUAACACUUUCACUACUAUAUUGCCUCUGCCGUGACUAGGAUAUGUUAGGACACCAAUAAACGAGACUAACACUAAAAUGAUCACAAAAAGACUGUUCCGAAGUUAGCUACUCCUAGGUUAGUGUUGUAAAAUAGCUUAAACAUAUUGUGAUUAUAUCGUAGACUAAGAAUUGUAGGGGUUGGUAUUUAAUAAUUAUUGUGAUUAACUAAUGUAUUUUAUUCUUAAUUAUUUAACUACCAAAUUUAAUUUAGAUGUUAUUGUAGUUGUGCGAUGAUUUUACUGUGAGGAUUGUUUAGCAUGUUUUGUUGUGUAUAUAGGAGAACAUAAGUACAACUGAAUGUACACUCGGUCGAUGUUAGUGUAGGUUGGGCCUUAGUGGGACGUAGGUUUUAGCCAAUCAUAUUUUUAUUGAAGACAGGGAUAUUCUCCUAAUGUUGCACGGUUGUUGCAAGAUAUAUUGCCUUAUUAUUAUACACACUAUGUCGUGAGCUCCCGUCUAGUUUUAUCGUUCUCUAGCAACCGUGGUUCGGUUUUUGUUCACCAAUUGUUCUGGCUUUAAAUGUAACAGCUUCGGUUGUUGAUAUUCUUUUACAUUGCAUUCCUGAUGAAAAGAAACAUGUAAUAGAAAUUAUCUUGUUGUUCUUCAUGUCAAAUUACAGUGUUUGUUGUUGUUAGUGCAUUAUAAGAAUUAAUGUAUUUUAAACACAUCAUUUUAAAACAUAACGCUUUUGGUGUAUCAAAAAUAUAUUUUAAAUUAUCAUAUGGUGUACAUAAAUAUAAGUUUUUAAAUUAUGUUUCAUCAAAAUAAUAUUUUAAAGUGUUUAUUUUUUUAAAUUAUUUGUUUGCUUUGGUGAGUUUAUGAUAUUGAGAUAUGAUAAAGAUUAAAUUUAUUUAUUUCUCAAAAUGCAUGAUUACCCAUAAAUUAAUGUAAAAAAUGUGUGGCUAGAAUAUUUAUUUUGUAUGUUUUAAAUGUUUAACGUUUACAUGUUUGUAUAGUUUCAAAUAAUCAAAAAUAUAUUUUGGACAUUUUAAUCGUUUUAUCCUUGAAUAUAUUUUUAAAAUAAAAUGUUUAUUCAAUGUAGAGGAUGUUUUGAACGAACUACAACAAAGUAUAAGUAUUUGAACAAUCAGAAAAAAUAUUAGUCGAUGCUGUGUACAUGACCCUACUAACCAGACCAAUAUUUCUUGAAACCUAACAGACCAAUCAUGUUGUACACUAUAGGUGAGUGAAUCUAUUUGACGAUUAAUUUAAUUUACACUGUCGGAAUUAAGUUUCAAGGUGGAUUUUUUUUUUUUAUUCAAACAAUAGAAUUGUUUCUAAACACCUCAUAAUAGAUGAUAAGUUAACCAUAUAUUUGAAAUUAUUGGUUAUUUGCUACGCAUGUCUGUCUUUUUCACAUCAGUGAACAUUAAGUACAUUAGUAUACAUUCUUACUUACUGCCAUGGCCACUUGUACCCAUGAUGGUACUUGGCCUCGCCAACACGUUCUCACCAGUUCUCUCGGUCCUCCGAAUCUUCUUCUACUAGUCUCAUUUUUUUUCAUAUAUUUCCGGACUUGAUCAUAUACAUAUGGUCUUAAAUUGUACAUAAGAUGAAUAAGUGUGAUACUGUCCAAAUAUCUGAGUUGAAAGGAGCAAAACAUUUUGACCGUUUUUCAUAAACUUUAUCUUCAACUAUCAACAUUUUUAUCGUCUAAAUUCCUAUGUUAAGGAGCGAACGAUGGGUGAGCUCAUCCAUGUAAAUAUUUGUUUGUGUAAAGAUGCAUUUUAUGAACAUGCAUCAAAAUGCAAUUUGUAGGUUGUAGGUAGUCUCUCUUAUAUCUUAACUGUUAGGCUGUGAAUAACUUUUCAAAAAUUCUAUUUUUGUUCAUGCUAAUUUUUGCACCGGCUUUUGUAACAGUUGUUAGUAUCUUUUUUACCUGGGGGCGAAUAUAUAUCAGCAAGCCCUCUUUUUUUAAGAAACACUCAAGACGGAAGUAAUUCAUAUUAAUUGUGGCUAUAAAAUAAAACUUAUAUGUUGUGUAAUUAAAUUGAAUUGUUAUUGAUAAUUUCAAAUGCUACAUUUACGUACAAGUCAGGGGUUUAUAAAUUAGUUACACAUGUAUUUUAUUAUCAUUGAUUAGUAGUAAAGAGUUUUAACAAGUAGUUGUGUCGAUUACUCGAUUUAAUGAAUUACAUGUAACAUUUAGAAGUUUUUGAGAGAAAGCUAGUUAACCACGAUUACUUUGAUACUUGCAAGAAAUAUUGGUCACUCAUAUUUAUAGAGGUGUUUUCAAGCAAAAUUUUACCAAUGAUAAGCACUUACUGUUCCUGCCAGUUUUGUACUAGACAAUUAGAAUAGCCUGUUAAACGUCAGUUAUUCUUGCAAAUUUUUACUCUUUAUCUCUAAUCAAUGUACUGUAACAAAUUAUCAUAAGGUGAACUGUUUGCUAUAGAAUCAUUGUGAUGUCUAAGUCUGUGGACAAUAUUGUUUAAAUAUAUAGCUCAAUAUCUCGAGGAUGUACGAUAUUGUCUUGAGUGUCUAAUUAGCUUUAAAUAGAGGAAUAUAUAUUUAAUAUCGACCGAAUUAUCGUAAUACCACACACUCUUUAGGUGUUAGAUGUAUCGUAAUAAAAUAUUAUCUAGGGAAAUUGUCUUUGUUCGAUUAAGCUUCUUUUUAUUAUUUUUCUGCAUAAUCGAGGUAAAGGAUUGAUAUAUUUUUGGGUCUGAUAUUUUUGACAUUAUAUUAUAUUAAGGAAUAAGUAGAACGCUGUCACUGUAGGAUUUUAUAGAAAUUAUUUAGCUUUAAAGUACAACUUGUUUAAUACGUCAGAUCGUUUCAUUAUGUAUAUUUUCACCCAAAUACGUAGUCAUUUGCUUUAUUGUUUGUUAGUUGGUUUUACGUAAUAGACAUAAUGCAUAGCCUUACUGGUACGAACGCAUUUGUGUGGUAUUGUAGGUAUAAUUAUUUCUGUAAGUAUGCAUUUUAUCCUAUAAUCCAAUGUUCGGAGGAGGUUACAGUAGCAGUGCUAUGGAAUUGAGUUUCGUUCUGUUUUACUCCUCUUAAUAGAGAUGUGGUGGUGGAAAAAUGUCCAUUCUUAACAAUUAAUUAAAAACAUGUAAACAAAAUUUUAAUAGAAACUAAUAUAAGUCAUAUUGUUCACAUAGUAUAACAGUUAGUAAUCCUCUGAUGGUAGUUCGGAGUGUAUUUGCAAUUUUAAAUGCUGUUUAUUAGUAUUUUAUACUCAUUCGUCUUCAACUUCCUAUAUAAGAGAUUUCUUCAAAGUCUGUGGUUCACUUAUAAAUCCGAUAAUUGCAUUUAUUUUAACACAUUGCCAUACAAAACUACUUGCAUUUUCAAAGUUUUCCCCUAGCACAUUUCUAUUAUUGUUUAUUAUGAUGUUACACGUUAUUAUUUGUAUUCUAUGUUUGGGUAGUUUUGUUAGUAGUGUCUGUAGAUUAUUAAUUUUUGGUGGAUGCAGUGGUAUUGUUAAUGGGAUGGCUUGUGGCCUAAAAUGAAUUAUUGUACUUACCGAUUCAUAAGUUCUACACCCAAACAGUUAGAAAUAACUAACAUUUCAAAUUUUUUAUGAAAAUCUUGAGUUGUGUGAAUAGACCCAUAGUAUGAUUUUAUGUGUUUAAUGUUUGUUAAAUAUUACCUGUACUAUUCUCCUUCAAAAUUCAUUCUAAACUGUCGUAGUGUUCUAUAAUUCUAUUAAUCUGUAAUCCAGAUGCAUGCUGAAUGUGAUUUGUUAACACAUGUUGUAAUUAUGAUUUUCGCUUGUCCAAAUUAGUUGAAUCAUUUUCAGGGUGAUAUCUGUGUACAACUGGCCUAAAUCCUGCUAUGUUGAGAUUAUGCCUGAGAUAAGGAGUCACGUAUAUUCAUUAAAUAACUCAUAGAAAUAUAUUAGAGGAUCAUUAUAAAGGUUGAAUAUUUAUUGCAAAUACUAUAUAUUAGGUUUAGAUUUGUUUAGGUUUAUGGUUUUUAGUGAUUGUAAGCUGUAUCUAUCACAUUUACAAUGUCAUUGCAUGGCUCAGACUUGAUACAAGCGUGAUGUUCGUUAUGUUACGACUAACCCAGGCUAGAGGUCAGGAAACUAGUGGGCUGGAUAUCCUUGCCGAUGUGCAAACACAACUUGGUCAUAGAGCCCAUAUGCUCCCACUUGAUGAUGUUUUUCCAACAAAAGAUUAACGUUACCAAAGUAAAAAAAAAUAGUAACGGGACCAGAGUUUGGACCGAUCCUUUCCAAGAAACGUAAAAAUAAUAAUAUUGAUUUUCUAUAGCUGUUUGUGCUUCCUAAAUUUUUUCAUUACAAAUGUGGAUUCUGUAGAUUUUAACUACAUAUUUUUUAUUUGUAAACUGUACUCAAAUUUAAAAUUAAACAAAAAACAGUAGACUUAAAGAUAAUUUACAUAUUUACGAUAAGUAAAAUGUUGAACCAAUAACAUGUUUAACCUACAACAGGUUUGAACUUGUUUCCAGUCCACUAUUUUCCCCGCCCCAAUCUCCUACUAGUGUCCACUAACCUGUACAUAUUUUUGUUUGUGAGGACUUUAUUAUUGUAAGUGACACAUAUCAGGUCUAUUGUUUGUAGGUUAUACGCUUCAACUAAUGUAUUCAUUCAUUUUAUGUUGAACUGCUUCUGUGUUACUACUAAAUAAAUACAAAAAAUUUGCAUUUUGUCAA